UGUAUGGGGAAAAUCCAUUGUUAGAUAUUGACAUAAAUGCACAGACUAUGACAAAAUAACCACAUGUCUAUAUAAUACACUGUAGAACCAUUAUACUGUAAACAUGGUAUGAAAUAACAUGUAUACAUACAUCAUAAAACACGUUAUGGUCAUUAUAAACACACUGAAUAGGCAAACUAUAACAACAACAACAGGCGAGAGGAGUAAAAGACAAAGAUGACUCCCAAUACUGAGGUGAUUUGAUGUAUAACACUUCAGGAGAUUGUGUUUGUGAGUUUAAAGAAGCUUUUUAUAACCUUUAUUACUGGCUUAUAACCUGAGGACACAUUUCCUCUUGUAUGAAUAGGGGUCGUCUGAACUUUAUUACCCACUUACUGUGGUUAUCCUCUCAGACAGACUGUGUUUUACAAUCUCAUUGGAUUGGGAAAGAUGGGUUUAUUCGUGUUGUCUUGUACACGUUUCAUGUCGACUUGAAGUGAAACCCUUGCGUUUCGGGAGUCGUAGUGCAGCGGGGAUGCAACGUGACCCUCUGUGCGUUACACACCGUCUGCGGAGCCUCGGCGGUGCAUCUCCUCGCCGACUGCAGCAGCCACAGAGCAGCGGUGGCAGCGCGCCUGCGCAGUGCAUCCAGGGGCUCGGCGGCGUUCGGUGCUGAAGUGGGGCGGAUGGCAGAAAAAACAGCGGCGAUGGACAUUUCACUGCAGGAUUCCCGUUUACGAUGUCGUUAAACAAGCAGCGGGACAUCGCGUUUUUUUUCACCCACCGCCCACGGACACUGACAGCCCGUCACGGAAGGGGAUGCUGACCCUUCACCGCUCCCUGUACUCUCACGUCCAUAAAUGAGCCUUUCACCGAGAUCCGAGGAAGCCUAGGAGGGGACGGCGAGCGAAACACAAGAGGAGCGGGUCAAAUAAGGAAGCAAGGGGAGGAAGUGGUUACAUUUCACAUCCGCUCUUUCCAGCCGGCCAGACAGCCCACCAGCUUGGUCUCCCCCUCAAUCAGCCUGCUAUCGUCCAGCAACCGAUUACCUCACGCCAUGACUGCUCGGUCUGACCUGUUUUUAGGAACUCGCUAAUUCAUGAACAAAGCCGGGCCCUCGCUGUCGUUUGCAUCGAGCUGCCUGUUUCUCCACAGAUGCUGCCUGGCCACUGAAUAACUGAUGGCCACUCCACCGGUCAGCCCCGAAGUGUGAGUGGAGUGGAGAUGAGAAAAAGGCAGGCGGCGCACAUCGAGGCCCCACCCCAGGCCCCCGGACAGCCCCGACCCAACAACUGCUGCCUCUGCUGGUGCGGCUGCUGCAAGUGUCUCUGGUCUGAAGACAGGAUGGAGAGGCGUGAACGACAGACCUGCACCAAGAUGGACAGCAUCGAAGCUGCAGAUGAACGACAGCCCGGUCUGGACGAGUUGCUGUCGUGGGCACGGAGCUUCGAGAUGAUGCUGCGCCAGCUGGAGGGCCGGGAGUUCUUCCGGGAUUUCCUGCGCUCGGAGUACAGCGAGGACAACCUGCUUUUCUGGUUGGCCUGUGAUGAGCUGAAGAAGGAGACGGAUCCCACGGUGGUGGAGGAGAAGUCCAGGAUCAUAUACGAAGACUACGUGUCCAUAUUAUCACCCAAAGAGGUGAGUCUGGACUCGCGGGUUAGAGAAGGAAUAAACCAGACGCUGGCGGAGCCCAGCAACCUGAUGUACGAGGAGGCCCAGUUCCAGAUCUACACCCUGAUGCACCGAGACUCCUUCCCACGAUUCCUCAACUCCUCCGUUUACAGAGACCUCCUGGCCAACAGGAGGCGCGCCAGCCUCGACACCUAGACUCCUCCCCCCCCUUGCUCAUCGCCAACGAGACUACUACUUAAACUUCAGAUUCUACUAUGGUGCCAGAAGUCGGGUUUGGAAAAGCUCUCCCUCUUUUUCUGAUUGAAAAGACUGAAUGACAUCCAAGAUAGCUAAGUUGUUUUUUUUAUUUAUAUUUUUUGAAGCAAUUUAUAUCCAGUUCUCCACUGGAGCCAGGUCGGCCUUUGCUGAUUGGUUAUUGGUCAAUUUAAGACCAUUGAUGCUGGCCAGGGAUUGUUUUGCUAGCAAUUUGUGCUGUUUGUCACGGUUGACUGGCCGACCCACGCUUCAGCUGUCGGUUGAGAUGGCCAACCCGAUGGCCAGCUGCUGGUUAACUGGAGAAGGACUCCUCAGUCGGUGGGGACGGAGAAAGAGAGAGGGAGAGAAGGAGAAAGGACAAGCCGACUGUUCCUGUACUGUAAUAUUUAGACCUCAUGCUUUCUUCUCUCACUUUCAAUAUUAUCUCUCUUUUGCUGAUUCCUACACAUUGUUUUGUUUUUCUAAUUCCGUCCCAUUCCUCAGAUGUGUAAAAUUUAGUUUUACAUUUUUCUACUGUCCAAACAUGACACCUUGUUGUUAGCGGGAGUUGGGGGCGCCCCCUGCCCAUUUAACCAGUAGAAGCUCUGGCUCUGCAUGUAACUCUCUCUCCCUCCCAACAGUAGCUUGACGAUGUAAGCCGCGGACUGCAACCGUUUUUGAAUAUUGCGACGUAUUAGGACUCUCUGUCUGAAUGUCUACAUUCGGCGAACUUCUGCCAAUUUGAAGCUCACUGCAGUUUUUUAUUGAGGCGAUUUGACGGCAGAAGCACCGACUCAUCCAUCCAUCAUCCAUCCACACACCUGUCCAUCCGUCCAUCCGAGCACUUUCCUUUUUUAGGAUUCUUUAACUGGGAGAAGUAAGGGCUAGAAUUGUGGUUGUGCAGCCACAAGUAUUAUUACUACCCAUGACCUUUAGACAAGAAUCUCUCCACUGAGAAAAUCACAACCCCUUUACAUGUAAGAAAAUGCAGCACAAGCGCUGCUGGAGUUUUUGUGGAAAGCAACCACAGUUUGUCCAACGAUCCCUACCUCCCAUCUUCUUCUUUUUUCCUCCCUCCCUCCUUCCAACUCAGACCAUCACAAGCACAGGUGCCAAAUGUGGAGGGGGGCAGGGGGGGGGAACCCCACCCCACCCCACCGCAGACUCCAAAUAGUCGUCUACAUUUAGAAAAAGAGGGAUUACCUUUGGGUGUUGUAUGAAUCGAGCAUUAUGGAAAGCUGGUUCUACUCUGAGAACAUAAGCAGAUGAUCUCAUUUGAAAGGGUUACUAAGCCCUGGCUUUUGUCUGCGAGCCUUUAGCUUUAGGAAUGUAGGUAACGUGACGGUCCCGGAAGUUGGACGUCCGGUAUCGCGCUGCAGCCACGUGACCCAGGGUGCCAAACAUGAUGUCAAAGAUGCUGUGAAGCGAUAUCAGAUGUGACUGGUCUCCAGGCUGCAGAGUCUUUAUGGUGCAUGUGUGUUCCUCCAGCAGAUGGAGCUGGGAGAGUGUUUGGUCGUCCUUCAGUUAGCUACUGCCCAUUAACGACACUCUUUUUAAAAUUCCUUUUAACCAGAGCUAGUGAAGAGGGUUGCUAUAAUAAUGCUAACCUGCUAGUCCUCUCAACCAGGCCAACUAGGUUCCAGCAUGCCUGUGCCACGCUAAUCCUCCAUCCCACUGCCAGCCCUGACACACUCUGGUUUGUUUUUCUAAGCCGACUUUGGCAGCAUGCGAUGAUAAUGUGUGUGUGUGGUACACACUUAACAGAAAAAUGUAGAGGAAAAAAAAAAACUUAGAGGGUCUUGCCAAAUGUCCCAUUAACAUUUUGAAAAGGACACUUGUGUUUUUGUUGAUGAUGUGAACAUUUUAACUUUGUUCCCGGCCUGUGGAUGUGCAGUAGACCGUGCAUGAAUGCAGUAUAUGCUGUUGUGUUUCAUGAACCGGGCCUCCCGAGUACAAUCGCUGACCUCUUGAUUUGGUCGCAGUAUUAAAGUGUCAAUGAAUCGGGGCCACUCCUCACUGCUAAACGUCAGCAUCCAUGUUGCCAUCUCCUUUAACUACCUGAAGUUCACGUGCCAAGUCGGGUCUCGAUUCAACUCAAGAGUCGACGGUGCAAGAUGUCGAGCAGACUAUUGAAGUGCAAUUGGAUGUAGUGAUUUUAGAUCGGAGUCUUUUUGAAGCUGUGUCCCACUAUGUUAGAUUGGUUUUGAAUUGUCAGAAGUUUAUCUUAUAAAUGACGAACUGCAACACUGUUCAGUACUCUAAAUGUUUUUAAUGCCACUGUUGGAUUAUUCUAGCGACUAGCUGCCUCUAGUUAAUGUUUGCAAGUUUUACAAGAGGACUUAAAUAUGAAAAAAAGAUUAUUAAAUGUAUCUUAAAAAAAGAAAGAAAAUGUAAGUCCUCUGCGAGAGCCGCAUGAGAAAAAGAGAGUCCAUGGAUUCAUGGGCUUUUGAGUUUCCCCCCAGACUUCUAUUCACGUACAGCGAUAACACGCGAACUCAGCGAAGCUGCCACGUCACAACCAGGCUAUCCUAUUACUACAAAAGAUGAACGUGUUGGUUAUAAAUACGGAAAAUGUACAAAAAGGCAAAUGUUGCAAUGUUCCUUCGUGAAAAUAUACUAUAUUGAAACCUUUGGCAAUACAGUGCUCACAAACAGACGACAUUAAUACCCAGAAGGACUUGACAACGCUCGGCUGCCGUGAUGAAGAGCUGCAUGCACGCGCCCAGUUGAUCACAAUGUCAUGACACUGAAGGAUCCGUUGUCGAACGUACUCAUUGGAGCAAUUUUCAUUUCCUGGAAACAUUUUCGAUGUUGUAUUUGGACAACUUUGUAACCUUUUGACCGGGUAGAAAAAAAGCCGGUCACCCGCCAGGCCCUCUCUCCUGCAGACAAACCGCUCCUCUGCACAGUGCGCAUGCGCUCCCCCGAGGCCGGGACACAGCUCUUAACACGAGCAUGUUUCACCGAGAGCCAGACGAUGAAAUCCUGGUGCAAUUAAAUCACGUUUACAUUUCUAGAUUGUGAGGUGUGUGUGUACCUUUUGCUCUCCGUCCCGGUGGCGUGAGCCGAGCAGCCAGCAGGUCUCUCCGCCCAGGAGCACUUUGCAUGGUUUCCGGGGAGGACGGACACAGCGGAGACCCCGGCGAUGGGGUUUUGCCGGGAGGACGGGCGUACGUCCUUUCUUCUUAAUUUAUUGUGACUUUCACACAGUGGGGGAAAAAGUACACUGUUGUUAAUUUUUUUAAUAACUGCAUUUCAAAUGUAGAUUUGACAAGCAAUGAUGAUGAAGAUGUGAAGUGAUGUCGCGUCAUCGCUGAGUUUAGAGUGUUGUCUUUACAUUUCCGUGGGUUUCUGAAACGCGGCCGUGGUUCUGAUCGACCGCACAGAGGUGGAGAGCCGCCGGGUCCCGAUGGGCUGCGGGAGGGUUGCGAAGCUUUGGCCUUAGUGACACGUUUUAUUUUGUAUUUCUUUGUAUAAAAAAAACAACAACAACACAACAACAAACGUCUCUGUGGGCUUUUCACUACCUCUCAUGUUGGUUAAUUUAUUUCACAUCUAGUUGUCAAUGUAAAAGUUGUUUUUAGAUCUACUUGAAGCCUAACACUGUAAACAAAAAUGUGCACAGAAAAAAAUGACUGUAUAUGACCAGAGGGGUUCAAGAGCGCUUGGUCUAGUCAACAUUAUUUGUUUGUUUGUAUGUAUGUUUGGUUUUAAUUGUGCUGAGCUGAACUAGAUUUUGCAUCUCUAAAGAAUUCAGGAAUCCACUGUCUAAGGGCUAAUCCCAUUUUUGCCUAUGCAAAUCUGUUACUGUGGGUGAGUUGGGAAAGGGCGAAGUACCAUACCUGUCACCUGUUUUAGAUGGACCAUGGUUUACAAUGCCCUUUGCUGAUAUUCUUCAAUCUUAUUCAGCAAAAAUGUACGCUUAUUUUUUUUCUAUAUAAAUAUUUUGGAUAUAUAUCUAUAUAUAGAGAGAUAUAUAAAUAUAUAUAUAUAUAUAUAACGAGUAAUAUACAGAGACAAAUAGUAUAUGCCUUUGUGAUGAUAAAAAAGAAACUUAGCUGAAAACAAAUACAUGUGUUGUUGUCUGACAUUAUGUGGCUGUGAGCUGGAGUCGUGGUGAGAUGAUAUUUUAGAUGCCUGGAACUCAACUGACUGUUAAGCGACGGACUGAAAGGUCGACUGACUGUCAGGAAAGACUCACAGAUGACCCUGUGCAGUAUUUCCUAAUUGGAGGCGGAGGGGGGGGGGGGGGGGAGGGGAUAUUUAUUAAACGAGCAACUUCAUGACUUUCUGUGCCAGAUAUUGUUAUCCACCCCAGCCUGUGAGGCAAAUAAGGUAUUCUGGCCACCCAGAACAGAGUUUUUUUCCUGUCACAUUUAAUAAUUUUUAAAGCUAGACGGUGUAACUUUUGCUAAACAAAGGCCAUUGUUGCCACUGGCGAUUGUGAUAAAAAACAUUGUUUAGAGUAGAGCAAGUAGAGUCAAGACAUAAAGUCUGCAAACUGACCCAGUAAUGUCAUUUAAAGGGGCGGGAUCUGAGCAAAGUGGGCUAGCAUUAGCUAAUAUUAGCCACCGAAAGCUAGUGGUCGCACCAGACCAAAGGAAGGCUGCAAAGCAAAAACCUGUGCGGAUGUAAAAUCGAGCAAAGUUGCCUUUUACUGCUUAUGAAUUUGACUUCUAAUCUGGAAGAUGCAGACAUCUGCAAGAUUCAAAAGUUGCAUAUAGUCUAACUUUGAAGGGCUGAGUUGGAGAAAAGUUGUGCACUGUCCAUAUAUCCAAUAAUAAAAGAAGAGAAAAAUGUCUCUUGAUGAAAUAAUGAACAUGUUAUCGUUUGUUCAGUGGACACCCCACAGCGUGGAUUUGUAAUUAAAUGUGUGCAGCACCACGUCGUCAACAAACAACAGCUACUUAUUUUUCUAUUCUUCAACUUGUUCUUUUUGUAGCCACGUGCAGUCAGACUAUCACUGUGCUGAAGGAGUCGCGUUGAGGAGGAACACAUCAGCAAAAGUGGGGGCACUGUUUUUAAAAAAUACGAAUGCAUAACGUGAGAAAAGUCAGUCAUGCGUUACUCGCACGGCCAUUCACUCAGCUCUUGAGGGCCGCUUUUAGCUUUGAGUUAAGGGUUGAUUUAGGUCUAAAAAUGAGUUUUCUAAUCCUCUAUAGAAGGUGUAGCUCAUGAAAUGAGACGAGGAGGGUUGACGUAUAGAUUGAUUGUCCACCAUUCCUGCACCAGGGCUAAAGAAGGUUUAUUGACAGAUGUCGGUUUGAACUCAACCUGCUCCGUGUGUUUCCUCAGUUGAAUGUGGAUCCUCUUUAAGCUUCACAACAGACCUCAAGAUCUCUUUCUGUCUCCUCCGAGUCUCUCCGUCCGCCCCACGUUCUCUCUGAAGCGCCACACACAACAUCCCCCUCUUACAGCGAGCAUGACACUGAUGUGUGUUCCUCCUGCUGACACCCUCAUGUUGUCUUUUUUUGUAUCUCUUCCAGAGGCGUUUGUGCUACUUUAGGAAAGAGAUUAUAUUUGUGCAGGUACCUGGUUGAAGUUGGUUUCAACAGUUUUAGGCAAUCACUUUUCUCUUUAUUGAUUUCGAUGCCUACGCCUCUUGGUUCUUGCCGUUGUCGACAUCGCCGUCGUCGAGAGAUGAUCUGCAGGUGACGAUAUAAAGAAUUUGACUGUCACUUUACGCGGUUAAAAAAAGAAAGUGACAUUUUUUCUAUUCAGCAUGCUUUUUGCUAAAUAAAUGAAAUAAUUCAGUUAUUUGCUAUAAACGAUACUGUAUGAGUAUGUAUUCAAGUACUGCAGUAUGCAGACAAUUAAAAAUAUCAGAAACUCUUUUGAGAGGUUCAUAUUUUUCUUCUCGUAUGUUUCACUAAUAUUGACGGUUAUGGUUCCGAAUUCUUGUUUCGAGUGUCUCGUGAAUUGCCAGAAUGACAAAAUGACCCUCUUUGUAUUCACAAAUAUAAACCAUGGUGGGUUGUUUCCACAUGCAGGGCAAUUCUACCAGAACAGUGAUGGUGCAGUGGGAUUUUUAAUCAAAGGUUUUGUCAGUUGAGCUCAACUUUUCACUAUUUUUCACUGUUGCUUGACAGCCCUUGAUGACGACUGAGAUCCUAAUUGUUUUAUUUACAUCAAGGCCGGUGAAAUAAAGUCCUUGUGCUCACGAAGGGUCAACAAGUUAGCGGGGAAUAAAAUGUAUUCUUUAUAAGUUUGCCACAUGAAGCAAAUAUGACCUCAAGGUUACAGAUGUAAAAUGUUGAGAUGAGGAAAUGACAGUGUGUUGCCAAAAGUUCAGAUUUGCUCUUUUAAAGCGCCCUGAGAUGCAGAACUCCCUUCACUGUAGCAUUGAAAUUACUUUCCUAACUUGUCAGUCGAACAUUGGUGAAACAUCAUCCUCUGUGAAACAUCCUCCUCUUCACAUCGAGCCUCAUCUUACAGGGACGUGAAUCUGUGAUGUAAGACAGUUGGUACAAAUUCAACAGCACUGAGCAUUAAGUCAUUUGUUGGCUACAUUGUGAGAAACAUUUAAUGAUGUUGGUGUUGGCAACCUGUGCAUGAUAAUACAAUACACAUGUGACUGUUGACUGAGGACAGUAGAAUCAAGAUUAAAAGAAAUAUUUACACCCAA